CUCGUCAUCAUACGUAUUACUCCCCUGGGGCCCUCGAGCGAGCCGCCGAGGCACCGCUCAUCGCAGCGUCGCGUACGCCUUGCCGUUGAAGAAGGACCCGUUGUGGAACGCGCCCUUCCACUCGACCUUGUCCGUGUCCGUGUAGCAGCCCUCGCCGUGCAUCCUUCCGGCUUUCCACCCGCCAACGUAAGAGGCGCCGUCCGCCCAUUUAUAAGUACCUUCGCCCGAGAAAACACCCUCCUCGAAGCCGCCCUCGUAGGUCGCGCCGCUCGCGAAGGCGCACCGCCCGACGCCGUGGAGCUUGUCGCUCACCCACUCGCCUUCGCUCGUCUCGGGCCCUUGCGUGAGCGUACCGUAGCCGUUCCGCCUCCUGACUCCAUCCUCCGUGGCGUACUGGCCUUCAUAUCUACUUCCGUCGACGAAGGUGAAGAGCCCUUCGCCGCUCUCCUCCUCAGGUUCGCUCGGCUCGCUCGGCGGCGCGCUUGCGAGGCUAGCUUCUUGGGACGGGGGCCGGGACAUGGUCGCUGCGACGGCGUAAGCGUGCGUUAGGCUCGCUGCGACGGCGUAAGCGUGCGUGGAUAGGCUGCCCCUUCGCUCUGGGCGUAAGCGUGCCCGUCGCAGAGCUGCCCCG